UCCAUAUCCAGAAUAAAUUUUAGUAUGACUUCUAACUUGAAUGAAGACCCAGUUGAGGCCAAACCCUUGCCCCCGAAUCAAGGCACUUAUUCAAUUGUGCCCUGCAACGCCCCUGGACUUAUGCGAUGUGUGCCCAAGGUCGAAGUACCGCCUGCCGAGACCCUGUGGAAGUUUAUUGCCCCGCCAUGGGUCCCGAAGACAAAGCUCUUCCACUGCGAGCCGCCGCCACCGCCGACGCCGACGCCGACGCCAGGACGUUCAAGACGAAAGGGUUCACAGAUUUCCCAGGUCUCCCAGAUGGAUGUAGAGGAGGAGCAGUCAAGCGAUCAGUCGUCACCGCCCACAAUGGUUGAGGAAAUGCAGCUGGAGGAAAUCCUGGCAGAGGUGAAGCGCAUUAAGGAGCGCGUGGGCGAGGUGGAUCGCCAGCUGGGGACCCGCAUACCCGAGUGUCCCGACAUCGAUCCGUGCGUGGACAUGGACGUGGAGCUGCUGGCAUUCAACACGAGUCCCGAUAUAUUGGAGCUGCAGCGCAACAGCCACAAGCUGCGCCAGCAGUUGGCGGAGCUCCAGUUGUGCCGCGUGGCCACGGACAGCAACGUAAAGGCCAUCCGGGAGAGCAUCUGCCGGGAGAUGGAGAACGCCAAUCGCCUGCAGAAGCUUCUCAACGAGCUGGACUCCUUCAAGCGUAAGCUGGAGCGGGAGCAGGCUCUCUGCCGGCAGCGCUUCCGUUACGUGGAGCAGGUGAAGGUCGAUGGAGCCGAGUGCAACAAUUACUUCAGCAGUGAGCGGAAGCUGAUGGAAUAUUUCGUGGGGAAGCUGGUCACCAAGGCGGACUACCAGCAGCAGAAACGUCGGGCCCUCAAGGAAAUCGACUUUCUGAAACUAAAGGCCAAGAAGUUCCACGACCACUUGUUCUACGCGACUGAUAAACUGGACGCCGUGAUGGGCACAGUCGAGCGCAUGCACCCGCCGGAGCUGUUGACCUUCCUCUACCGCAACGAGAAAUUGUUCGGCCCCUGUCCGCAUUAAACUCACAAAUCUGUCUUCAAA